AUGGGGCGGAGAUCAACGUCAUCAACCAAGAGUGGAAAAUUUAUGAACCCUACUGACCAAGCUCGAAAGGAAGCCCGGAAGAGAGAAUUGAAGAAGAACAAAAAACAGCGCAUGAUGGUUCGAGCUGCAGUUUUAAAGAUGAAAGAUCCCAAACAGAUUAUCCGGGACAUGGAGAAAUUGGAUGAAAUGGAAUUUAACCCAGUGCAACAACCACAGUUAAAUGAGAAAGUACUGAAAGAUAAGCGUAAAAAGCUUCGUGAAACCUUUGAACGUAUCCUACGACUUUAUGAAAAAGAGAAUCCAGAUAUUUACAAAGAAUUGCGAAAGCUAGAAGUAGAAUAUGAACAGAAAAGGGCUCAACUUAGCCAGUAUUUUGAUGCUGUCAAGAAUGCUCAGCAUGUAGAAGUAGAGAGUAUUCCUCUGCCAGAUAUGCCGCACGCUCCUUCCAACAUCUUAAUCCAGGACAUUCCACUUCCUGGAGCCCAGCCACCCUCCAUCCUUAAGAAGACCUCAGCCUAUGGACCUCCAACUCGAGCAGUUUCUAUUCUUCCUCUUCUUGGACAUGGUGUUCCACGUUUGCCCCCUGGCAGGAAGCCUCCGGGUCCUCCACCUGGUCCACCUCCUCCCCAAGUCUUACAGAUGUAUGGCCGUAAAGUGGGCUUUGCUCUUGAUCUUCCUCCUCGUAGGCGAGAUGAAGACAUGUUGUAUAGUCCUGAUCUUGCACAGCGUGGGCAUGACGAUGAUGUUUCCAGCACCAGUGAAGAUGACGGCUACCCUGAGGACAUGGAUCAAGACAAGCACGAUGACAGCACUGAUGACAGUGACACAGACAGGUCAGAUGGAGAAAGUGAAGGGGACGAGUUUAUGCACCGUGACGAUAACGAGCGAGACAACACCGAGGAAAAGAAGGCAGGUCUGAGUGUGCGGUUUGCAGAUAUGCCUGGAAAAUCAAGAAAGAAAAAGAAGAACAUGAAGGAGCUGACUCCUCUUCAAGCCAUGAUGCUGCGAAUGGCAGGUCAGGAAAUCCCUGAGGAGGGACGAGAAGUAGAAGAAUUUUCAGAGGAUGAUGAUGAUGACGAUUCUGAUGAUUCUGAAGCAGAAAAGCAAUCACAAAAACAGCAUAAGGAGGAUUCUCACUCUGAUGGCACGUCUGCUGCUUCUUCACAGCAGCAGGCACCCCCACAGUCUGUUCCUCCUUCUCAGAUUCAAGCACCUCCCAUGCCAGGACCACCUCCUCUUGGACCACCACCCGCCCCACCUUUACGGCCUCCCGGACCACCCACAGGCCUUCCUCCUGGACCACCUCCAGGCGCUCCUCCAUUCCUGAGACCACCUGGAAUGCCAGGACUCCGAGGGCCUUUGCCACGGCUUUUGCCUCCAGGACCGCCACCAGGCCGACCCCCGGGCCCUCCCCCAGGCCCUCCUCCAGGGCUGCCUCCUGGCCCCCCUCCUCGGGGCCCCCCACCCAGGCUACCUCCCCCAGCACCUCCAGGCAUCCCUCCACCCCGCCCUGGCAUGAUGCGCCCACCUCUGGUGCCUCCACUUGGACCUGCCCCGCCUGGGCUUUUCCCACCAGCUCCCUUGCCGAACCCAGGGGUGUUGAGUGCCCCACCCAACCUGAUUCAGCGACCGAAGGCGGAUGACACGAGUGCAGCCACCAUUGAGAAGAAAGCCACGGCAACCAUCAGUGCCAAGCCACAGAUCACUAAUCCCAAGGCAGAGAUUACUCGAUUUGUGCCCACUGCGCUGAGGGUACGUCGGGAGAAUAAAGGGGCCACUGCUGUUCCCCAAAGAAAGCCAGAGGAUGAUUCUGCUGUGCCUCUUGCCAAAGCAGCCCCCAAAUCUGGUCCUUCUGUUCCUGUCUCAGUACAGACUAAGGAUGAUGUUUAUGAAGCUUUCAUGAAAGAGAUGGAAGGGCUGCUGUGACAGCUGUUGAUGCCGAAACAGGCUUCUGUUCACAGCGGCAGUUCAUGGAGCAAGACACUCAUAUUGAAACUUAGGUGAAAGAGCUACUUCCGCUGUCAGGGUAUUUUCUAAUUUCAGUUCCAGGAAUAUGCUAGAGCUUAGGCUUGUGUGGAAUUUCCUGCACCUGAGAGAGGGUAUUUCAUCCAGAAGAUUGGCUAUUGAAACAGUGCUGCUGACAUCCAUUCUCUUCCCACCACUGUUUUCAUCCCAUUUCUUUCCCUUCUCCAGUUUUUUGGAAAUUUGUGACCAGGCUCAUCUUAUUUGUUUUGACUCUCUUCUUGUGUGCUGUGGGCCCUGGAAUAGAGAUUUCCCAAACAAAAAAUUUUGUUUCAUCUUCUUGUGUUUGAGUUAUUUUUAAUAUUUUCAUGUAAAUAUUUUGUAAUAUUUUACUUGUAGUGAAAUGGAUUGCAAUGUCAUUUCCUAAUUCAAAGUAAGAUAUGUGAGGAGAAAAUGUACAAUUCUGAUUAAAAUUAUUUCCCACUGACCUAAACUGUGUUUCAUGGAAAAAAUAAUAAAUGUUCUACACCAAGA